AUGGCCAGUUUUAACGUCAGCGUGAAUUUCACUGUGUCGCCAGUUACGGAGAACUUCAAAUACAUAGCCCUGAUGGGAAGAUUGAUUCUGAUGUCGUCCAUCUUCUUCCUAAACACGCUAGUUCUCGUAACGCUCGUUCGAGGACGCCACGCGGAAUUCAGCGACAUAAAGUACUGGUUUCUUAGGUCGCACGUGUUCUCCGACAUCUUCGUAUCUCUUAUCUUCUCGGCCUUCGUGGUUCUCAAGUACGGCCAGAUCAACAUCGACGUGAGUUAUUUGUGCCUGCUCAUGCACUCGUUGCUCAUGUCCUCCAACCAGGUGUCAGCCAUGAGCCUGCUGUUUGUCAGUGUCGACCAGUACAUUGCCAUCGUGCAUCCGCUCCGUUACAACAGGCUCGUGAGCGAGCUCUCGGCUAAGGUCGCUGUCUCGUUCUCCUGGCUGUUUUCCGCGAUCGUCGCCUUCUUGCCGUUGAUCAUCCGAUGGGAUCAGCGAGUCGAUCACUUUACCGAAUGCUCGGUGUCAGUGUUUCCCCUCGCAUAUGUAGUGUUUUGGGGCAUCGUGCAGCUGUACAUUCCGUGCGUGCUGAUGGUCACCAUGUAUGCGCAGGUGCUGGUCGUUGCCCACCGCCACAUUCGUCAGAACCAGAUGGAAGUGCAGCCACAGAAUGUCGACGUUCAUCUUGGAUCGAUGCCGUUGUCGAUUCUAAAGGCAGAGGUGAAGGUCGCCGUCACCGUUGUGAUCAUGCUCGUGGUACUAAUGGUCUGCUGGUUGCCGUUCAAUAUUGUCCUCACGAUGAAUGUCCACAGCGGCAGGAUGUUGCACUUGAUAGCGGUCGUCGGUCCGCUAGCUGUCACCAAUAGUCUCUUCAACCCCAUACUGUAUCUGAUUCGUUUUGCCAAGCUGCGCAAAUCUUGCAUUGGCAUGAUUAGAUUCAAGUGUUGCAACAAAUUCCAAUCAGCAGUUCUUCCGAUUAAUCUGGAUGUAAUGUAG